ACAAAACACAGAACUCCACGUGUCUCUCCCAGCUGUUGUUGAAAAAACAUGAAGCAGACCUUCCUGGUGAAGCAGCCUGGGAGCACCGCGCUGACCAGGCAGAGGAGCAGUGAGCAGGAGGACCUUCCCUUCGACACCACUCCAGAGGUCAAAUGCACCCCAGCCAAACGGCGGGCUGUUAAAAUCCUCUACCCAGCCCAGGUCAGGAAGUACCUGCCCCCCGAGAAGAAGGACUGGGCUAAGAGGAUGCUCCUGCUCCUGCUGUGCGUGGUCACCGUCCAAGUGUACACGGUCGUGGAGGCCCAAGAGGGAACGGUCGACAUGAUCGCCGUGGCGACAGGAGGCCCAGGCCACUCGCCCCUGUCAGACGCCAGCGGGGAGCAGGCAUUGGUGCUCCCAUCCUUGUCUGCAGAACUCUUCCCGCCCACCAAUGGCAGUGCCCCGCUGCUGUCCCCGAUGAUGCCCGAUGGUGUCGGUCCGGCAGUGACCGUCAUGUGCCACAGAAUGGGCUCCAGCUCCGUUGCCUGCAGAAUGUGAACCCCCCCAUUUUCCUCAGGGAAGGACACUUUCUGAACGGUGUCGCCUCACCCCCUGCCCCGCGACCUCCAGUUCAAAUGCUCCACAUCCCAGUUGAGGCAAGAUGAAGGGGGCGCUGUGAUUUGAACUUCUCCUCACGGUGCUGCUGACUGGAUAAGAUGGACAACACGGCCAGGGUUCACCUGAGUGGGAGCCCGGUCAGACUUACAUUGUGUUGGUCCAGUUUUCCGUUGGUGCCCUUAUCCACUUGAACCGCUGUGUGCUACCAGCCGAGAGGUCUUGAUGGGUGCUUCAAAAAACAAUGAUAUUGCCUCAGCACCUCUGGGGAAAUCAAAUGUAAUUUGAAAAGCAGGGAUAGUUAGUGGGGACCCUGUUUGUAACGACAGAUGUUGUGUUAAUUUGUGUGCCAUUAUCAGUCAUGACUUAGUAUGUUCU